GCGCUUCCCGUUCCGGAAAAAUUAUUUUUGGGGCAGCACACACAAAUAUCCAUAGAUCGUUUUACGUAAACGAUAAAUUAGAAUCGUGCUCCAACAACAACUGCAUCAUGGUCAUCCCCAAAGAAAUACUCAGCGACUACAAGGAAGUCUACGAAAAGGCCUUUAAACUUGUCAACGAUGAAAGCAAAAACGAUCCACCCACAGACCCCUAUAGGUCGCAUUAUGCGGCUAGGGAUUUGCUGUUGCAAAUGAAAGAGAAUCUCAAGAACGAAUUGGUGUCCGUGCAGGCCGAAGAGGCGGACGAUGGUAAGGAUGAUUUCACCUACAAAGUGCUGCAGGCCUUCGUGUGCCGUGAUUUGGGCCGCAUCUAUGUUUUCUGUGAAGAGCCCAGUACGGGUGAGAAAUGUUUGCAGGAGUGUUUGGAUUUAGUGCAGCAACGCAAAAUGGAACCACCAGCCAUAAUACCAUAUAUGGGAGCCAUGAAUGAAAUGGGUAUUAUCUAUGCCAAUCGUACGGAAUAUAAGAAAUCAUUUGAAUAUCUGGCUGAGGCAGAGAAAUCGUACAAGGAAUUUAUGGAAAGUAAGAAAACUCCGUUGGCUAUAACCGAUGUCUUUGGCACGGCCGAUGAAAUUGAAGCCGGCAAGGGACUCAAGGAGCUCGAAAGCCUCUAUACACUUUGCUCAUUCUAUUUGGCACAGGUCUAUGGUCAUUUGGGUGAGCUGGAAAAAUCUGCUCAAUAUUGUCACAUGACACUGAGACGUCAGGUUGAGGCCAAAUCCUAUGAACCCAUAGAUUUUGCCUUGAAUGCAGCAACGUUAUCACAGUAUUUCAUAGGACAAAACAUGUUUAAGCAGGCACGUCAUCAUUUGGCUGCUGCCACAUUGGUGAUGUCAGAACAUGAAGCAACAAUGUUAACGCCACCCAACUUGACGGAAGAACAGAAAAAUGAUAUUCAGGAAACAUUUAAACAUCGUUAUGCCGAUGUAGCCAGAUGUUGGGCCAAAUAUGGUCUGGCAUUGUUAUCAGCAUCGAAAGAUCGUCUAUUCAACGAUGAUGAAACGAAAUUAGCUGAAGAUGCCAAACGUUUGAAAAUCAAUGAAAAUGCAUACCUUUUUGCUGAUUUCCCAUUGGAAGCAUACGAGAAACGUAUUACCUGUGAUUAUUGUUUAACAUUUGACGAUGCCAAAGAAGUCUAUCAUUUUGUUACCAAAUGGCUUGAUAUCGCCAAAGAACAUUACAAACCCGAUACCGAUGCCACGGAAUAUGCAAAAAUCAUUAAGGAUUUCGCCGAACUGUAUCAGCACAUUGCAUUCUUCGAAGAGGAUCCCAUCAACCAAUCGAAAAUGCAAAAACGUCGCGCCAAAUACUAUGAAGAACUUAUUGAAUUGCUCAAUCCAACCUUCUACAUGUCCAUAUGUCGUGAAUGUUGGUAUGGAGCGGGUUUGGCUUAUAGCGCCAUACUCGACAUUAAAUUAGAUCUACUCAAAGCUAGUCGCACACCAAAUCCCCAGGAAUUAAGUAAAAUCAAUCAAGUCUGCCAGCAAGCCAUUAAACAUUUUAAAAGCUACAUCGAGUCGUAUACCGAAAAGGAUGGUUCAUGGAAACCCAACAUGGAUGUGGAGGAGCAACGAACCCUGUUGUACGCACAUUUUCAUGUCGGAAGACUGCACUAUAAAAUUAUAACUCCCGACCAGAAUCUACAAUUAGAGAAUCUUAGCAACAGCCUUAAAUAUUAUAAAACCUUCAUUGAUGAAUGCGCCAAAUUGGAGGAGCCAGCCAAAGCAUUGCAGGCUGAAGUUGGUGUCUGUCGAGAAAUGGUAAAUUUAUUGCCAAUGAAAAUAGCAAAUGUGAAAAAACGUUUGCGUGUUUAA